ACUUGGGCCCUAGGUAGUCAGUCCCACUUUUCCCCCCACUACGACGCCCCUGGUUCUAAUCUAUUUUAUACAGUCUAUGUUUCUAAUGUUAGUCUGUUUCUGAGAAGAGAGAGACAGAGUCAGACAGAGAGGGGGGUUGAGAAAGAGAGUGAGAUUAAUGGGCAGUCCCUUGGUAGGCGGGGUAACCGGGUAACUACAAAUACAGACUCAGCCUCAAUGACAGGAUUAGAACUCACACAGGGAUAAAAGCGACACAGAGAUCAAGACUAACACGGACGGACUACAUAUUGCUUUUUGACAGAACACAUACUGAACCAUGAGUAAAGACACAGAGAUUGACUUGAAGGAAGUGGAGCUCAAUGAGCUGGACCCUGAGAAGCAGCCGAUGACCGGCGAUGGUCAGGCUGCGGCCGCAGAGAAAAAUGGAAGUGUCAAGGUGAAGGUUCCCGAGGAGGAGGUUACCUUCACCGGCCUGUCCAAAGAUGAGCUGAUGAAGGUUGCUGGCACUCCAGGAUGGGUCCGAACACGUUGGGUGCUCCUUGUCCUGUUUUGGCUUGGUUGGGUUGGCAUGCUGGCUGGAGCCAUUGUGAUCAUCGUCCAAGCCCCUCGCUGCAAACCCAUCCCAGCAAUGAGCUGGUGGAACGAAGGACCUCUGUACCAGAUCCCUGAUGUUGAUGCUUUCUCAGAUGGAAUUGAAGGCGUUGGAGCAAAGUUGGACGAGAUCAAUCAGCUGAAGGUGAAAGCCCUGAUUCUUGGCCCAUUCCACACUGUCCAGAAAGACCAGAAAGAAACCUUGAAUCUGGAAGUGAUCGAUCCACUCAUGGCGAACGUGGAUGCCCUGACUCCUGUGCUAGAGAAGGCCCACAAGAAGGGUAUUUCUGUGGUGCUUGAUCUGACUCCAAACUACAAGGGAGAGGCUCCCUGGUUCAGCCCCUCAAGUGUUGAUGACGAUGUAAUCGAUAAGGUCAAGGCGGCAGCAGAGCACUGGAUAGGUUUGGGCGUUGAUGGCAUCAAGAUAUCUGACUUUACUUUGGCAUCAAAGUCUCUUGAGUGGCCGAAGCUGCAGGCUGCCAUCCAGGGCAACCGCACUGAGGAAACUAAGAAAAAGGUUCUGAUGGGUGUGGUUAAUAACAUCACAGCUGCACAGCUGUCUUUGCUAGCAAACACCACGGGUAUAGAUCUUGUCCUGUCAGACCUGCUCAGCAAAACUGAAGGUAAGCAGCGCAUCCAGGACCUGGAUGUUCUCAGCUCUCAGCAGAUGAGUAUGGGCUGGGGUCUCGGUGCCACCCAAAGGGACCAGCUAUCAAAGUCUACAGGUCUGAUCCGUCUCUACCAACUUCUGCUGCUCACCAUGCCUGGAGUCCCAGUGUUCACCUACGGAGAUGAGAUUGGUUUAAAUGCACAGGGUGGAGAGUCUCCUAAAAUGGUUUGGGACAUAGAGAAAGAACCUGUUGAUGGAGCUGCUGUCAAUGAGACUGCUGAGGCUGAGCGAAAGGAGCGUGUUUCUGUGAAGAAGUGGUUUAAAACCCUCAGCGAGCUGCGAGGCAAAGAACGCUCUCUCAUCCAUGGCGACUACUACUCCCUCUACUCUUCCGAAUCGUCCCUCGCUUUCCUGCGGCUGUGGGACCAAAGCAUAAGAUACGUAACAGCUGUGAACUGGGGAACAACACCCGAGAAGAUCACAUUCGCACUCACACCUACAGAAGGAGUAGAGUUGCCAGAGACGGCCGAGGUGACUCAGUCGACUGAUGAAAAGCUGGAGGUGGGUUCCAGCGUCAGCCUGGACAGCAUCACUCUAGAACCAGGGCAAGCUGUCCUGCUGCAGUUCCCCUAUACAGGCUGAAGAGGGCGCCAAACUGCAGGAGAGCUACCUAGAAAUAAGAGUGGUUUAAAAAAGAAACUACAGGUAGUUUUAACCCUUAGAUAAAAGAUGACAACAGAUACAGGGUGACUCUCCUUACUGUCAGAAAUAGAAUUUUUAUAUUGCUUUUUUUUUUUUUUGGUCAGAACUGAAUUCAGUCAAAGAAAAUCUGUCUUCUACAGAAUGGUGGCUAGUGCAAACUCAGUUGAAUUGUUUUUUUAAAGUUAACACUAUUUUAAGUUACCAUGGUCAUUUUUUUGACCUGAGAGAAUAUUCAGCCACCUCAGACAUGCACUAAUAGUCUGAACCUUUUUUUUUAAUCUUUAAUUCUGAAUCUGUGUACGUUGUUCAAAAAUGUGAAAGACAUUCCGUCGUUUGUUUCCUGGGCAUUCCUUUAAGUAGUUCUUAUGGUUUUCUUUUUUUUAAUUGGAUUUUAAGACAUUUGUUUAAGUGGUUGUUUUUGUCACUUGUCCUUGUUUUUGUUCACAAGAAGGCAUUUGUCACACAGGCAAAAGAAGUCAUGUUUGAAAGUGUGGAGUGACUGUUGGACAAAAAAGUUCAGAAUGGCGUCAAGUCUGACAGCGAACUAAAAUGGAACUGAAUAAACAAAAAGUUCUGCACCAA